AGUUCGCUUUACCAAGCAAGAGAGAUACACGCUGACGGAAGUCAUUUAGAGAAUAAUUUUAACGGUAUUGGUGGUUGAUCGGAAACGGAUAGGUAUGGACCCCUCUGAUCCAGAUAAAAAAGAGGUCCGGCGACCAAUGAAUGCUUUCCUUAUUUUCUGCAAGCGACAUCGGUCAAUGGUACGAGAAAAGAACCCAAAUCUGGACAACCGAAAUGUCACACGGAUUCUUGGUGAUCUGUGGGCGAACCUGAAGGAGGAGGAGAAAACACAGUACACAGAUUUAGCCAAGCAGUAUAAGGAUGCCUUCAUGAAAGCAAACCCUGAUUAUAAGUGGCACAACCCCGAAAAAGGAAUGCACCCAGCUGGUCUUCUACCCAGGUCUCCAACAAAAGGCAUAGGGCAAGAAAACUUUGACUUUUCAAGAGCUGACCAGUCAAUUACUCCUGGGAAGUUAGCAGAUCCUUCUAAUAUGGGUGGGUUGAGCCUCUUAUUUAUGGCUGGUCAACAAAAUCCAUCUAAACCAACCAAUGCUAUCCCAGCAAUGCAGCCUGCAAGAGAAAAGAUGACCAAUAUGGAAACUGGUAGAACUUUAUCUCAACAAAGUCAGAAUGUGAGUGGAUCAGACCCAGAACACAGCCCAGAGAAAGAGGACAGAAAUACUGUUGUCGCCUGUGGGAAAAUGGUGAUGGACUCCAUCAUCGAUCAACUCUAUUACUCAAAAUCAGAGAACUCACUAGCUGAACCAAGAAGUGGUCAGUUUACAAUGCUGACAGAUAAACAGAGGGAAAGGUCACUUUUACAUGACCUUUCUGUGUCUAGGGAUGAGUUGGAAAAGAAACUGCUUAUUAAUCAACAGAUGUGUCUGGGAUCUGGAUUGGAUGCACCUAAAAGUUCAUGGGUAGAUCCAAGGAAGUCUGCUAUGCUGAAUGACUCUGAUAUGAUAAAGAAUGAGAUGUCAUCAUGGUCUGGAUAUAAAAGAAAAAGGUGUUACUCUGAAGGUUUUAAAGACACACCAGAAAUGAGCACCUUGCAGCCUUUUGUGAACCCUUAUUUUAAGAAGGGGGAUUCAAGCAGUGAUGUAAUGGAUGAUGACGGAGAAAAUGACCUUCAGCCUGUGAGGAAGUCAAAACGUCGUAAUAGAGGACAGCGCUAUCAGGAACUAAUUAACGAAGGAAUCAUACAGCCCUCAAAAGACAGACAGACAGUCACCAAAUCACCAGAAGAAGCUGCCAAAGAAGAGCAAAUGACUUUACAAAGAGACAGUGAACUCAGGGAAGAGGAGCAGAUUAACUUCAAUCCAAGAGAGCACCUGCGGUUUGACGUUCUGUCUGUGUAUCCUAGACAAAUUAGGAAGAGAACACAAUCAGAGUCGGAGAAAGUCCGACUAGAAGACAGUAGCAGAUACAAAACAGGAGAUUUUGACCUGGAAGCCCACAUAGCAACUCUCCCUGCCUGUUCCUUGGAGAAGGUAGCUAAACCAAAGAAGACAGCUCCGAAGCCAAGGACCACAUCAGAGAGUCGCACUUCGUCCAUAAGCAGCGACAGUAAUUCUACACCUGAAAUAAAGUUGAUCAUACCACCUCAUCUGAAAGUAAAAGCUGAGGAUCUUCCUUCUGAGCCAGUUGUGGGCAGCAGAAAGAGGAAGGCCAGAAAGCACUCCAUAACACACCUAAUGCCUGUUACUACAGAUCAGAAAAGAUAUGAAGUUGAUAAUACAAUCAACACGAAAGGGGACAGUUCAAAGACGGAACCUGUUGACGAGACCAAACAAAGCAAAUUAGAAGAAGGGGCAAACUUUACGGGAAUUAAGAAGCAAAAUGACAAUAUUGACAGUGAAAAUAACAAUAAUACUUCAGAUACAAGAGAGGCCAAAUUAAAGAAUGGGAAAGAAAAUGUGAAUAAUCAUGAAAAUAACAAAGAAGGUGCAGAUGACAUUAAACCAAAAGACACUGUUACAGAUAAGCAGACAGACAGACAGGGCACAGACCCAUUCCCUAGUCCAUCUGUUGAUCAGGAAAAUUCUUCACCUGGGGAUGACAGUGUUCAAAUGAACAAUGAAGAACAAAAUAACCAUCUAGAAAAAGGUUGUGAUGAUGUCCAUUUUGGGGUUGGGGAUCAGGUUCCUUUGGGAGGUGUGGAAGAUGCUAGUCAAAACGAGGUUGUGAAUCUGGAGAUGAAUUGUGAUUCCAGUGUUGCUGGCAGUACUGACAGGGAAUUUUCACCAGAGAAGUCUGUGGACUCUGACAAAUAUAGUGAAUUUGACAAAAAGGAGAUGGAGGAGCAUUCAUUAGAUGAUGAUAUUUCCAGUUCCUGCAGAAAAGAGGAUACAGCUUUAUUGAGUGAUGGUCAAGUGAAAGAUGAACUUGCUGAUGACGAGGUUACUGAUAAAGAUCCUUGUCAUUUACAGAUGAACAUUAAAAAGGAAAACCAAGGGAUAUCCAAAGGAAACCUUGGACAACCAUGUGAAAGCCAAGUUGCAGAGGUGAUCAGUUUUCACAUGGAUGACACCAGAGGUGAAAGGUCACAGGUUACGAUACAGAACAGCCCUCUGCCCACAGCUGUUGUCAACUCUUAGUGGGCUCUGCAGUCUGACUGCUGACAAAUGUUUGCCUUUAUAGUUACACCCAUACAUUUGUCAGGAACUGUUAUUUAAUGUUAAAAUAUUUUAGUUGAACCUGUUAAAACAUGUUCAAGGAAUUUGUUGUUGUUAAAGUCUGGUUUGUUACAAAA